UAGGCCAAAACAUUGGCUCUUGAAAAUGUUAUAUGAUUAAAUUAAAAAAGGACACUUUUAAGCAAGUGGUAUAAGAAAAGUUGAGUAGGCAAGUGAGGGCUGAAAUUAUAAAUGUGUAGAUACAUACAGAAGUGGUUCGUGGACCAGCCAGUAGCAUAAUUAGCUAGUGUGCAUGUGACAGAGAGGGGAGAUCAAGGGAGAACUCAUGGGCUACUCAGGCGCUGUGCAAUGGUGGGACGAGUGGCAGCUGCGCAUCCUCGUGCUUGGUAGCCUGGUGAUUCAGUAUGUCCUCCUCGCUGCUUCCGUCGCGCGUAAGUUCCCCAUCAGAUCCUGGUUUAGACCCUUCAUCUGGCUAGCGUACCUGGGCAACGAUGCUGUUGCAAUCUAUGCGCUCGCCACCCUCUUCAACCGCCACAGGAAGCCACAGCAGGAGAAUGGAGAUGGCGGCAGCAGCAUCCUGGAGGUGUUGUGGGCGCCUAUCCUCCUGAUACACCUUGGUGGACAAGAUGGCAUAACCGCCUACAACAUCGAGGACAAUGAGUUGUGGACGCGGCACAUCCUCACCUCGGUGUCUCAGGUCACCGUGGCCAUCUACGUCUUCUGGAAAUCAUGGCCAGGCAACGACACAAGACUCUUGCAGGCGGCAAUAUUGCUUUUCAUCCCCGGCAUCCUCAAAUGCUUCGAGAAGCCCUUGGCUCUCAAUAGAGCUAGCGUUAACAGCCUUGUCAGCUCCAGCGAGCCAAUUCGGAGAUCAAUAAACACACAGAACCUCAAAAUUGAUCCACUUGCAGAUUUCAUUGAGAAAGCAACCAGUCCUGCUGAGGAGAAUAGUUAUCUUUUGACAGCAGCCACGCCGGUGGACUUCACUCCCUAUAAGCUAUUUGUGGACUUUGCAUCUCCUUCUGCUAAUGAUCGGAUCAGGAUGCUGCUGUCCUUCUCAGCACUGAAUGACAACUAUGCUAUUGUAAGCUGCAGCAUUGGCUCUCUGAGACAUUUCAGCUCCUCUACACCAAAGAAAAGAUGUUCUCCAUUGAGUCUGGCUUUGCAGGCCGCUCCAGUAGCAGUGUCCAUGCCCGUGAGAGCAUAUCGGAGCAAAUAG